AUGUGGAAAUUACAGCGGUGGUCAGAUUUGGAGCCGGGUAGAUGUGCCACCGUGGACUAUCAAAUCUCUGCCAAGUCUCCACCACAGCCACUCUGCCCCAUAGCUCUUCCACAGGUGGCCUACUCUUCCUGUCUCUCAUGGGAGGGGGGCUUCAGGUUUUACUUUAUCUGGGCAGCUCGAGUGUUCUACUUUCUACUGUGCAUCACGACAGUUACACUGCAAACCUUCGCCAUUCAUUGGCCUCACUGGGGAAGAUGUCCUGACCUAUCUGUCAAGCAGGACUUUAGUCUUAUUGCUUACAAAGGUCCGUGGUUCGAGCAAGCUGGUUAUAACACUGAGUCUGUGGAGGGAGACAAGAGAUGUGUCUCAGCUCUGUACUACAUAGACGACGACAUGUUCUACGUACAAAACCGCGGGAUCGACAACAGGAACAACAAAUGGGGUGGAGUCAAUGGAACGGCUAAGUUCACGAAUCCGGCAAAAAAAGAAGCUAAGCUAACCGUAUCUUUCAAAUUUGGCUGGUUGACUGUGAACGGCCCCUACUGGGUGUUGGACACCGACUACAACACGUACUCCGUCGUUUAUACUUGUGAAAACUUCUUGUUUCUAUUUCAUCAUUAUACGGUGUGGCUUCUUAGUCGCAACAGGUCUCUCUCGACGGUUACUCAACAACAGCUGUUCUACAACGCCACCUACUCAGUCCUCACCGAACGUAAAUUACCAUCAGCUCUCAUUCAGAAAGCUGACCAAACAAAUUGCAAUGUUUAAAAAUACAUAGUUUAUUACUUGUUUUGCCACAGAUGAUUAAAGCAGCUAAUAUCAUACGUCGUGUUUUCAUAGUUUUUAUUGUAAGUCUAAAGUACGAAGUCUAAGUAAGAAUUGCACUUUUCAUAUUUUAAUACGUACUCAUGAACACAUUAAUUCGAUUGUAAAACAAAGAUUUUAGAUUUAUAAUUAAUUGUUUACCUUAGUUUUAAGUUUAUACUAUGGUAUGGAAAUUUGUAAACUUGGCAAUAUUUUAAACAAAUAAAUCCAAAUAUGAAACAUGAAUCAAGCGAUGUCAACCAUACAGAUAAAUGUAAUACAGUGCAAUAUUGGUAA